CAGCGUAGGGAAGCUCUUAUCUUACUAGAAUUCGAUUGGAGAAACCUCACUCACUCACUCCCGCUCAGUUUUCUUUUCGAAAUACUUUCUCUCUCUAGGGUUUCCAUCGGAACUCGACAUGAAAGAUGUUGACGAACCUCACACCUCCGAUCCCAUCGAUCCCCUUCACUCUUUCUCUCUUCUCUCUCUUUUCCCUCAAACAUUUCGCCAUUCCAUGAAUCCCCCGAACCCCAAUCACCCGGACGACCUCGAAUCUAUCCACGCCUUCAUGAAAUCCAUGGUAUUGACAAGUCCCGGAAAGUAUUCGGAGCAGGCGAAGGCUAUUUUAGAUGGCAAUUCACAACUUCUGAACUCAAAUUUUGGCAGUUUUGCAGCAUCUGAGAAGGAAAAUGAAACUGUUGCUGCAAAGGGUAAGGAAAAUUUUCAAGAACAAAGACCGGCAUUGGAGCGUAAACAGGCUCAAUUUUCUUCGAAGCUGAAUUUAAGUCAGUCUAGUUUGGACAUUGAUCAACUCCAAGACCCGGAGGAGUAUUUCUUGGCCCAUGAAAGGCUUGAAAAUGGCAAUAAGGAAUUACCGAGACAGAUGGGUGGAAGUGUCACUGAUUUAGAUGAUUACAAUUUAUCAAAAACUGAGACAGAAAAUGAAACUGUUACUGCCAAGGGUAAGGAAAAUAAAACUGUUGCUGCAGAGGGUAAGGAAAAUGUUAAAGAACGAAGACCAGCAUUGGGUCGUAGACGGGCUCAAUUUUCUUUUAAGCCAAAUUUAAGUCAGUCUUCUGUGAUCGUGGAACCAAGUUUGGACAUUGAUCACCUCGAAGACCCGGAGGAGUAUUUCUUGGCCUAUGAAAGGCUUGAAAAUGCCAAAAAAAUAUUUCAGAGACAGAGGGGUGAAAUUGUUACUGAUUUAGAUGACUACAAGUUAUCAAAAACUGAGCGACGCCGUCGGCCAGGAAUUCUGGGGAAGUCAGUUAGUUACAAGCAUCGUUAUUCAGUACUUCCUGAAAGUGAUAACACUUUUGUUUCAUCCCAAGAGACAAUGGGGCAGGACAUUCUCAGUCCACGUAAUUAUAUUUCACAACCAGAAACUACAGAUACUAAUGCUGAAUUGCGGGAAAAGGAAUCAACUGGUUCAAUUCAUAAGACCGAGAAGAGAGUCAAUGGCCUUUUGGAUGAGUUACUCUCUGAUAACUGUGGCAAUUUAGAUGGGGAUGAGAUGGUAUCUUUCUUGCAGGAGCGCUUGCAGAUCAAACCUCUUGAUCUGGACAAAUUAUGCCUUCCUGAAUUUCAUGAUGUUGGAAAGAUUGAUUUUACGGAGUUGGGAAGAAAUUUGCAAAAGCCUCGGAAAACACUAUCAGAUAAAAGGGAUUUGGGGAAAGGGAUAAGUGGUAAAACACCUGUAAAACACAAACAGGUGGCAGAAAGCGCUGUCCAUUCUCCGGCUUCGCCCACCCCUCCAAGAAGUCCGUUUGCUUCACUAUCUUUGUUAAUAAAGCGCACUUCGAAGUCAAAUAUGAUGAGCAAUCCUUUCUCAGCCCUCAAUCAGUCACCAGUCAGAAAUUCUUCUUCUGUUGAACAUGUUGAUGAGCAAUCAGAUCAGUAUAAUGCAAUGAAGGAAUUGGGGGUUUCUGGUGAGUUAAAGUCACUGAUUACUGAAAUAAGCGUUGUUAGAGUCGAUGGUGCAGGUUCACAAGAGAUGAUAACAGGAGAUUCAAUCCCCCCAUUUGAAAAGUCCGUGAAUGACAACUCAAGCAGACUUAGCGUUGGUAUUAAUGUUAUGUCAAGUGGGUCUCAUGGUGACUUGAAAGAUAAUGAUGGGAACUGGAAUAUGGAUGACAAUGACAGUAGGCUUAAUAUUGAUAAAGAUGUUCCGGAAAAUGGGCCCAAUGAAAUGGAGGAGGAUGACAGUAUACUUAAUACUGUUUCUGAUAUUCGGGCAAGAGCACCCAAUGAAUUGGAGGAGAAUGUUGGAGAUAUUCCACAGGAAGCAGGGUCACACGGAGAUGUCAACUUUGGGGACUCAUCUAGGCCUCAUACUGAUUUUCAGACAGAUGGACCAACUGAAAUGGAGAAGAAUUUGCAGGUUGAAGAUAUGCCACCGAAUGCAGAACCUGAUAUUAAUAUUGAAGACCCCAGUACAGGAAACUUGGACAGUAAUCAGAAUCAGGAGGAUCAAUCAAGUCCUGCUGCAGGUAGACCCCAUGCGAUGGACGGACCCUCUGAAACUGCUGAUUCGUUUCCAGAUCAACAUAUUGAGAACGUUCAGGAACCUUCCAGAGUAUCAUUGAACGAGCAAAGUGCAGCAAAAAGAUCUCCACCCCGUGGUCACAAAAGAAGAACACUUUCUCAUAGGCAAAGCCUUGCAGGGGCUGGCACAUUUUGGGAAUCUGGGGUAAGGCGGAGCAAGAGAAUCAAAAUGAGGCCUUUGGAAUAUUGGAAAGGCGAAAGAUUUUUGUAUGGACGCAUACAUGAGAGCCUGACAACUGUGAUUGGGGUGAAGUAUGUGUCACCGGCAAAGGGUAAUGAAAAACCGGCUGUUAGAGUCAAGUCUUAUGUCUCUGAUGAAUACAAGGAACUUGUUGAACUAGCAGCUUUGCAUUGAGAUCUCCUUGUUUUCGUCUCAAGCACAAUUGAGAUAUCCUGUGGGGGACUUCUUGAUUGAAAUGGUUUUUUCUUUUUCCCCCUAAUGAUAGAUAAAGAUUGAAAUGACAUUCAAUGAGGAUACCAUAAUAACUGCUUUAUGAUUUUCUGAUAUAUGUAGUUGGGAAAAUUGUUUUGCCUGUUUAAAGAAUGUGUAUUCUUUUUAUGGUUUUGUAGAGGGAUGUUAACGCAUGAUACCCUGUUCUACUAACAGAUUAGGGAUAUGCUGUUUGAUAUUGAAGGUCAAAUUAUUGGGCUGAUUUGGUGA